CGUACGUUCCCAGCUUCCGGUUGAAGUGUAAAACGAUACAUGACACAGUUGUUUGGGGAAAGCUAUCUCCUGGAAAACCGUUACCGUUCACCAAACUACAAACGGGGUUUUUAAGACCGUACCGGCUGACAGUCCCGCGUGGAGCCGGCCGCGAUGGAGGCGGUCCCCCGGAUGCCGAUGAUCUGGCUGGAUCUGAAGGAGGCUGGGGAGUUCCAGUUCAGCCCGUCCGUGAGGCAGUUCAUACUGAAGAACUAUGGAGAGAAUCCGGACAAGUACAAUGAACAGCUGAAGAAACUCGAGACUCUGCGGCAGAGCGCAGUGAAUGUAACGAGAGAUUUCGAGGGUUGCAGCACACUGAGGAAGUACUUCGGCCAGCUGCAUUACCUCCAAAGCCGAGUACCCAUGGGAGCAAGUCAGGAGGCUGCGGUACCCAUCUCAUGGACUGAAAUAUUCUCUGGAAAAACAGUCACCCAUGAUGACAUCAGUUAUGAGCAAGCAUGUAUCCUCUACAAUCUUGGAGCCCUCCACUCUAUGUUGGGCGCCAUGGAUAACAGGGUCUCUGAGGAGGGGAUGAAGGUGUCAUGCACUCACUUCCAGUGCUCAGCAGGGGCUUUUUCCUACCUGAGAGACCAUUUCAGCCACAACUUCAGCGUGGAUAUGAGCCACCAGAUUCUUAACCUCAACAUCAACCUUAUGCUGGGCCAGGCUCAGGAGUGUCUUCUGGAGAAGUCCAUGUUGGACAACAGGAAGAGUUUCCUGGUUGCCCGCAUCAGUGCUCAGGUGGUGGAUUACUAUAAAGAAGCCUGCAGAGCUCUGGAGAACUCUGAGACAGCCUCAAUGCUGGGAAAGAUUCAGAAAGACUGGAAGAAGCUGGUUCAGAUGAAGAUCUACUACUUUGCUGCCAUCGCUCAUCUUCAUAUGGGAAAACAGGCAGAGGAGCAGCAGAAGUACGGAGAACGGCUGGCUUACCUGCAGAGCUCCUUGGACAAGCUCAGUGAAGCCAUCAAGCUUGCCAAGCAGGGUCAGCCUGACAGUGUGCAAGAGGCCUUGAGAUUCACUAUGGAUGUCAUUGGUGGAAAGUUUAAUUCUGCCAAAAAAGACAAUGACUUCAUCUAUCAUGAGACCGUUCCUUCUCUGGAGACUCUUGCGUCAGUCAAAGGCGCUCCACUGGUGAAGGCUCUGCCAGUCAAUCCCACUGACCCCAGUGUCACUGGACCAGACCUGUUUUCCAAGUUAGUGCCGAUGGCUGCCCAUGAAGCAUCCUCUCUAUACAGUGAGGAGAAAGCAAAGCUGCUAAGAGACGUCAUGGCCAAGAUUGAAACUAAGAAUGAAACACUAGAACAGUUCAUGGACUCUCUGGGCUUGGAGCCGGAGUCUGUGGACAACUUGGACAUGUACAGCCAUAUCCCUCCAGUCCUGAUGGAGAAGUGCGCUGCUCUCAGCGUCCGACCUGACACCGUUAAGAGCCUUAUUCAGUCUAUGCAGGUGCUCUCUGGUGUAUUCACCGAUGUGGAAUCUUCACUGAAGGAGAUCAGAGAUGUCCUAGAGGCAGACGAAGCUGGUGAGCGAACUCUUCAGGAGGUUGGAGGCCCCACUGCAGGCGAGGUGCACCCAGCUUCACAGAGCCACACUCUGGCUGAAAUCCGAAGGGACCUAGAGAAGUAUAUGGAGGCCCACGAAAAGGCCAGUUUCACCAAUACUGAGCUCCACAGGGCCAUGAAUCUGCACAUUAGUAAUCUGCGGCUACUAGGAGGCCCGCUAGAAAGUCUGAGAGACGCCCUACCGCGGCCCCAGCUCAGUGAAGAGGAAGUAGCAGGGCUUCAGUGUAUGAAGCGAAUCCUGGGUAAGGUGCAGGAGAUGAGGGAACAGAGGAGCUCUUUGGAAAAACAGCUUCGUGACCUCAUUCAGCAGGAUGACAUUACAUCCACCCUUGUCACCACAGACAGAGCAGACAUGAAGCGUAUAUUUGAGGAGCAGCUGAAGAAGUAUGAGCAGGUGAAAGUGUAUAUUGACCAGAACCUUGCAGCUCAAGAAAACAUCUUGAAGGCCCUGACUGAGGCAAACGUUCAGUACGCCUCCGUUCGUAAGGGUCUGAGCCAGACUGAGCAGCAGUGGAACAGCACUGUCCAGGGACUGGUAGGCUCAUACGAAGCCUAUGAGGACCUGAUGAAGAAGUCCCAGGAAGGAAAAGAGUUCUAUGAUGACCUGGAGGCCAAAGCAUCACGUUUGCUGGAAAGAGCAAAGGCCCUCUGUCAGACCAGGACAGAUGAAAGGAAGCCCAUCCUGGAAAAAGAGACCCAGAAGAAGCCUCCAGCACGGCCCACAGCAGCUAAGCCCUCCCUUAAAGCCAAGGCUUCUGAUGUUGAUUCCGCUUGUUCAAGCCUAGAUGAUCCAGAGUUAGCCCAGCUCAGUGCAGCCAUCUUAGCCUUGGGUGGUGACUUGCCUGAAGACCUCCGCAGCCUCCCCCCUGACAUUCCUUCCCUCCCUACCGCUGCAGCUCGUCUUCCUGGUCCUGAAGCCUUUAUCCCACCUUGCGCAAACUUGGGUGGAAGCGCGUCUCUGCCGUGGCCUGGUGCUCCAGCCGCUGGUCUUCCUCGCUUCCCUGCCAACCUCCCACCUCCAGAGCUUCUGGCAAGGAUAGCUCAGUUUCCUACUUCAGGGGGUCUGGCAACACAAGGACCCCUACCACCUGGGCCCCUCCCUCAGAUGUCUCCACAGAGGCCUCAACAAAUGCCCACCCAAGCAGUGGUGUCCAGUUAUAGACCACCCCCUCCCCAAGCUCCCCACCCAGGCCCUGUUGCCCCUGUCCCAGUGCGGCCCUCAACAACCACUGUAGACAGCAUCCAAGGCCCUAUCCCCAGUUACUCCCCUACACCACAUCACCCUGUCUUACCCGCAGCCUCAACUGGCUACUCUGUACCCCCACAGAUAGGAGCAUAUUCUCAGUAUAUGACCCAACCAGGGGUCCCUAUUCAAGGCCCAGGCCAUACACCUGCACCACAGUCACAUCCACAGAAGCAUCCACAGCAGUACCCUCAGCCCAUUGGACAACCACUCCCUCAGGGUUAUCCCCCUGGACCAAGGGCUAUUCCUGGCCCUCAUACUCCUCUCCACACCCAGCAAGCCUACCCACAUGGCUAUAUGCCUGGUGUUCCUCACCAGUAUGGACAGGCUUUCCCAGGUCACCUGCAGCCACAUCAACAAAAUGGCUUUCAGGCUCAGAUACCCCAGGGCUACCAGACUCCACAGGGCUAUGUGCCACAGCAGCACCCUCAGAUGAUCCCAGGCACUAUUCCAAGGCCACCUCAGGUUCAGAUGCCCCCUCAGGCUGCACAUCCACCAACGCCUGCAACUUCACAACCACCACCCCCUGUAUCUCAACCCUACCCUCCCCAUCCUAACCAACAGAUGCCCAAUGCAUUUCAUCACCAACACAUCAUGCCACAACCACAACAUAUUUCAGUGCCCCCUAAUGCACAGCAGAUCCCUCCGCACCUACAGAUGCAGAUACCAGGUGGUCCUAGGCCACAGAUGCCCCCCACAAGUCAGACAAUGCCUCAAGUCUCACAGAACUACAUACCCUCCUCUAGCCAACCAAAUCAGACUCCUCAUCACCCUCAGAUGCCUCCUGUUUCACAACCUCAUAUGGUUCCUGGUCCUCAGGUCCACAUGCCAAGGGGCCAUAUGUCCCAAGUGCCCCCCAAUUCUCUACCCCCACAACAUCACCCCCACCCUGGUCAGCCUCCUCUACCCCAGCAGCCAAUGCGGAUGCCCAGUCAACCUCAGUCUCAGCCUCCUCAUUCUGGGGGAGUAUGCUACCCUGGAGGGACUCCAAUGAUGCCCCAGAAGCCCCUGGCACCACAACCUGCUGCUCCGCAGCAGCCUCAGGCUCCUCUUCCUAUGACACAUCCACAGCCUUCUACUAUGUAUCCUUCAGCUCCAGGACCUAAUGUACCUCAGAGUGCCCCACAGCAACCCCCUGCCAUUGUCCCACAUGUUCCACAUGCCCCUCCUGCUCAGCACAUGAUUCAGCCCUCUCCUGGAGGCCCUACAGCAGUGCAACCACCCAACACUAUCCCACCUUCCCCUUCCCCUGCCCCAUCUCCAUCGCCCUCUCCUGGUCCUACAUCUCUGGGUCUGAACCCCCAGCAGAGACCCGCACCAGCCACCACUCCUGGAGCCACAGCCCCACACACUCUUCCCUCUCCCUCUGCUGUUUCUCCCUCCACAUCACUUUUUCAACGGCAGAACUCAAGCACAGAUGACCUCCUCUCCUCGAGUCCAGAGAGUCAGCCUGGAGGCGUCAAGGCCCCGACCAAUGUCCUGCAACCCACCAAAGCUGACCCACAGGAUGGUGAACGUCGAAGGAAGAGUUCCCAGGGGGUCCUCCUGAUCCAAGGGGACCCAUACCAAGCCCCAGAGCGUGUCGCCCGUCUUCAUGGUGAACUGGAACGUUACAGAGCCCAGGUAGAUUCCCUAGAGCACCCGUCAGAAAAUGAAGGGGGCCUGUCGGUUCUGGAUGCCCGCUGGAAAGAACUACAGGACCAGCAGGAAAAGGACGCCCGCCAGCUCUCCAUUGCUAUUGCUCGUUGCUACACCAUGAAGAACCGUCAUCAGGAUGUAAUGCCCUAUGACCUUAACCGUGUGGUGCUGCAUUCAGGCAAAGAUGACUACAUAAACGCCAGCUACGUGGAAGACUUGUCGCCAUACUGCCCACGCCUUAUUGCCACACAGGCUCCACUCACUGGCACCGCAGCAGACUUCUGGUUGAUGGUGUAUGAGCAGAAAGUGUCAAUGAUUGUCAUGCUGGUUUCAGAGCAAGAACUGGAUAAGGGAAAGGUUCUGCGUUACUUCCCAACAGAGCGCGGCCAGCAGCUCUCUCAGGGACCAAUCACACUCAGCCUCACCACACAGAAGACGACACCAACUCACAUGGAGCGCAUGAUCAGCCUGCAGUACCGCGACCAAAGCCUCAAACGCACCGUUGUUCAUCUCCAGUUUACAUCCUGGCCGGAGCUGGGUCUUCCUGAUAGCAAGAGCAACCUGCUGCGAUUCAUCCAGGAGGUUCAUGGACACUACCUCCACCAGAGGCCCUUGCACACACCUGUGGUGGUGCACUGCAGCUCUGGUGUUGGACGUACUGGCGCCUUCUGUCUCCUGUACGCGGCCCUGCAGGAGCUGGAGGCAGGAAAUGGGAUCCCAGACCUCCCGCUGUUGGUGAAGAAGAUGAGACAACAGCGGAAGAACAUGCUACAGGAGAAGCUCCAUUUGAAGUUCUGCUAUGAGGCUGUGCUGAAGCACGCUGAGCAGGUUCUUCAGCGCCAUGGCAUCACGACAGCCACCUGCAGCAAGAACACCAACUGUGCAGCCACAAAGCCUUACUCCAGACAGGAGUCCCAGCAGGAUAUCGUCCUUGGUGGUGACAUGCCCAUUAGCUCCAUCCAAGCCACCAUCGCUAAGCUCAGCAUCCGGCCACCGAGUGCCACAGACCCAGCCAUGGAGGCUGGGGCCCCGUAUGGUUUGGAGGAGCAAGUUGACACUAUCCUACCUGCCCUGCACCAGGACCCUUGUGCUCCCACAGAUGAACAGCCCCCAUCCUCCUUCAAUCCACCUCUCACCUCCCCCACUCACUCUCCUCCACCACCUAAUGGCCUGGAUGCUGUCUCCCCCUCUGCUCCGUUGGCACCCAACCACCAGUCAGCCCCAGCAGCUUCUCCCAGCAUCAGCCCCCCCCCUUCCUCUGCACCGGCUCCAUCGUCCCUGGAGCUCUUGGCCUCGCUGACACCUGAGGCCUUCUCCAUGGACGGAGGAGGUCGAGGAAAGCAGCGGGUGACCAAGCAGAGCUUCCUACAGCCAGCAGAGGGCCAAGGUCUCCACGGGACUCGAGGUGAUGAAGGCGAUGAUCCGCUCAGCAGCCUGGACCCUCUCUGGACCCUCAACAAGUAACGAGUAAACAGACUGCUGCCACUCUCUAACUUCAUCACCAGGCCCUAGCCAAGGCCUGUAUUUCUUUCUAACCUUGCUUUUAAUUAAAAAAAACACACAAAAAAAACACAGAAUCCUGGGAGACAUUUUAGUGUGGUUGAUUACCAAGACGUGCCUGGUGGCAAACAGUAGCGGUUGAGUUUUGAAUUUGAGUGUAUUACUAUUUCAGCGUUGUGAUCCCUGAGACACUAAACGCAUCACUAUUGGCUGCUGGGACCAGAUCACUUUGCACUUGUCCUUCAUUCGUCCUGUUGCUCUUUGCUGCUUUUCUUUGUCUGUCUGUGGUGGAUGGAAGCACCUCUGCACUAGGCCCCACCAAAAAUGAAAAACUUCCCAGCAUGCACUCCACUUUCACAGCUCCCUUCACAGGUGAGUGUCAAGGCAUCACCCUAGUGUGACCAUGCUUGGCUGCUCCUUGGGAUUGAUUUGAAAGAUGAUGGAACAAUGGAUGGAGUCACGGGCAGGAACAGGAGCUGGGUGGAGCGAAUAGCUCAGUCAUCAUGGUAACACAGAGAGGAAUACAAAUCAGCACGUCUUAACAAGUUGAUUAUUUUUCUUUCUAAUACUGUAAAUAUCUUAAAUACUAUUCCAAAAGAAAUUGCCCCUCUGGGGAAAAAAAAAAGACUAAUCUUUCAUUAUUGUACAAAUAUUAAAUAAAUCCAGUAGACAAAACAA